CAAAAAUCUCGAAAAAUCUCGAAAGGAACCGAACAUUCGGUGGAAUUUUACUGAAAAAUCACGGUGAAAUACGGUCACGAUGGCGAGUGGAGAAAAUCCGGAUCAUCCCCGGCAUCCCCGGAAUCUGCAGGGGCUGCUGAAGUUCGCGAUGGAAGCAACCAAAGAGGAGGAUGCACCCCACGAAUCGCAGCUACAGCCGAUGGACGAGGAACGGCGGCGAUUCCUGGAGAAUGCCCUAAACUCGCUCACGGUCGAUGUGGUUAAGGAGUUGGAGAAAGCGAUGAAAACCCUGUUGGACGAUUCCUCGAGUGAUGAAGCGAAGGUAGAGGCCACCGAAAUCGUAACCGACUAUGUGCAGGAUGUGGACGCAGCCAAUGAUUUCUUUAAAAUCGGUGGAUUCACAAUUUUGCGGCCGGGUCUAGAAUCGUCCAGUGCAAGUUUACGUGCCGGAACGCUUAGCUUGAUCGCCGAUCUGGCCCAGAACAAUCCCUUUUGCCAGCAAAAGCUGCUCGAGAUGAAUCUGCUGGCGAAGCUAACGGAGUUGCUGUCGGACGAGCAGCCGGUUGCGGAAAAGGCAUUACACUCGAUCUCCUGCCUGGUACGGCACCACGAACCAUGCCUAGCUGCCUUCAUCGAGAUUGGAGGGCUCGAGUGUAUACUGGGAUGCAUACAGGCAGACAGCGAGAAAUUGCGCGUAAAAUCGGCCUUUCUGUUGUCUAGCCUGUGCGGUGAGCUGGAACCGGUGCGGGAUGAAUUCAUCAAGCUGAACGCCGUCGAGGUGUUGAUGGACGCAGUGAAACCGACGGAUACUUAUGAUCCCAAGCUGGAGACGGCACUGUCUUCGUUGCAAGUACUGACCGAAUGUAAAGCGGGAGUCAAACGCUGUAGCUCGGAAGGCUUUAGGGAGAAACUGGAAGCAAUCAUUAAACAGAGUGCCGGUAAAGAGGAAUGUGAGGAUCAACUAAACUAUGCCAAGACUUUAAUGCAACGAUGUUUCUUGAAUGAGGCAGAUGGAACGGAACGAUAAUACUAAGGCUUCGUAUAACUAAGCUAGUGCAUCCUAUUGUGUAACGACGCUUUGUAAUCAAAUAAAUCUUUUCAAAAGAUGAA